GCCAUCGCAUCGAUGGAACGAAGAAGAGGAAGAAGGGGUACGGACGACAAUUCGAGCUGUAGCUUUCGGCGAACAGUGCGCGCGAUCCUGCCACCCUUUCGACAAUCUCUUCGUCAUUCUUCACUCUAAACUGUAUAUACGGUUUACCCGCCUUCCUACUACUCGCUUCCCCACGCGGCGAAUCUUUCGUCGAAAGAAAGAAGAAUGUCGAAUUACUCUUACUACUACGUGAAAGUAGUCGCCGACGAUACCGAUAACUUGAGAACGUACAAAUUUAUAAAAGGGAACCCUACCCUGUUUAAGUCGCCGGACGACACAUGGUCCACGCACGGCCGCUACAAUCUCUCGUCGCGGUUACUCCGAGGAGGACUGUCCGGUUCCGGCGAUGUCCAUCAUCCAGCGAAUGCCGUUUUCAAGUCCCCCAUCUCGCCAAGGUUGUUACCCAGUUUUCCUGCAGCUGCCGCGUUUCGCCUACUAUCUUUCGACGUUCGAGUUUCCUCAUCUUUAAUUUUAAUUUUAAUCGCCGACUUGCUCUUGCAGAAAUAUCCCCUCGUGUUUGCCCAAACAACUACUAGCGCUGUUUAA